CUGAAUACACGAAUACAACAUGUCCAACACCCUGUGCAUCCUCGGCUGCGGCAACCUGGGCACCGCAAUCCUCAAAAGCCUCCUCGCCAGCCCCUCCCAGCCCUUCACCCAGUACAUCGCCUGCGUCCAGAGCAAUUCCUCCACCGAGCGUCUGCAGUCGCAGUUCAAAGACAAUGUCUCGCUUAAAAUAUCGACAGGCGAUAAUAACAACGUCAGCGCCAUAAAAGCCGCUGAUGUCAUUAUCCUCGCCCUCGACCCCAGCGCCAUCGAGCGCGGGCUCACCCAGCCUGGGAUCCGGGAUGCAUUGUCGCAAAAGCUGCUUAUCAGCGUAGCAGCGGGGUGGACGCGGCAGAAGCUUGAAGAGACGCUCUACGGAUCCCCUACGACAGAGGAUAAUGCGAAAGACCGCGCAUUCGUGAUCCGGACUCUCCCGACGAUCCCUGCUGUUGUUGCGCAGAGUCUUACUUCGAUUGAGAUUGAGCCGGAUAGACAGAUCCCACAGAACUAUCUUGAUAUAACGGAUGCGAUCUUUUCACGGGUCGGCAAGACGGUGCAUGUCCCGCCAUCUCUGCUUGACCCUGCCACUGCAGUCGCGGGAUCUACGCCUGCGAUGUUCGCUGUGAUUGUCGAUGCCAUGGUCGAUGCGGCUGUUGCAGUGGGUGUGCCCCGGAAUACUGCGACUACGAUGAUCGUGCAGUCCAUGGCUGGGUCUGCGGCGAUGAUGCAGAGUGGGAUGACGGCGGCGGAGCUGCGGGACCAGGGGACCAGUCCGGAGGGAUGCACGAUUGGGGGGUUGAUGGUGCUGGAGGAGCAGGGGGUUAGGGGGGGUGUUGGGCGGGCUUUACGAGAGGCUGUUACGCUGGCGAGGAUUAUGGAUGGAGUCAGGCAUGUUAAUGAUACGAGAGAGUAAUCUUUACAAAAAAUCCAUAUGAUUCAGACUUGUCUCUAGGCUAUUUAUUCUCCUUGAUAUACUGUGCAAUAUUUGGCCGUGCUUCAAUCGCCUCCUGCAGCUUCAGCAGCGGUUCAGGGAGAUUCGCCUAGACAGUUAGCAUCUUCCAUUACAAGACAGAGAGACAUACAGGCAACGUCCCCGUCCUCCGAUCAUUAUCAAUACUCUGAUACACCGCGAAAUCCGCAUAGGUGAUUUUCUCACCGAGGAGAUACGGAC